AUGCAAAAUAACAAUUAUAUAAAUUUAAUACCAUCCCUUUAUCCUUUACAGAUUUAUAUUCCAAUCGGCUUCUCGCUUGAAAUCGACCCAGAAGGAUCUUUAAGCUUUGGUCUCGGUCCUACGCAUGAUUUCUCCUCUUUUCACACCAUUAAGCCGCCUCUACUUCAAAACUCAAAAGUAGGAAGUAACGAAAUAGGAGCUCAGUCCCAAGGAGGGCUAGCUUCCAUCUCCAAUGUUGCCGUUUCCCACACCGAGACAUGUGCCCUGAAUGUCAUACCUGUUUCCUCCACUACUCCUGAGGAGAAGGAUUUCUCCACUUUUUACAAUGCUAAUGACAUCCAGACCCUGAAUGCAACGCUAGACUAUCCACUAUCCAGCUCUCUCCGGGCCACAUCAGGACUCUUUUCCUCAUCAGAUCCUCCAGCCGUUCCUGUCAUUAAUAACUUUCUUAGUGAUGAUCAUUGCUUUCUUGCUCGUCCUCUUUAUUCUGGUUGUGAUGGUCGCAAGUUGAGUGGUGGUGACGAUGAUGCAGCUAAAAUCAGUGUUGUGGUGAAGAAUUUCGUCACGCAGACACCUGAAUCUUACGCAGAAUCGAAUCAGGGUCGCUUGGAUUUGUCUACAAAACAAACCGGCUUGCUCACCUACUACGUAUCAGAGAACGACUUCUUGAGGAAACAGGUGUGGGCAGAAAAUACGGACUUCAAAUAUACCCAAACUCAUAUCCUCAUUUACGGCAAUUUAUGUGAAGAUGAGGACAGGCUUCUGCUUAGGCGAAAGCUGCAUCCUGGUGAAUCAUUGCACAAUCGGACCCCAGUUGACGAAAAGAAACGGUCUACUGAAGCCAAAUUUGGUAUCACUUCUCUCAGAGGUGUUGCACUGCUCACCUUGACCGACAAGUUGUCGUUGCUCUCUGCUGAUCUGGCCACCUGUCGAGCCGAACUCGCAGAUGCAAAACGUACUUCACGAGAACUUGCUACUGCAGUGGCCACCGCUGCGUUUGUGCAACCACAACAACAGCAUCAGCUUCCUCCAUCCUGCCAGUCCGAUUUGCUGUCCUCAAAUUGCUUCGACCAGUCGAAAUCGGCCAACUUUUCAUCUUUCCCAUCUGCCCUCAUGCCGACGGCUGUGCCGAAUCGAGACUGUCCUCUUUAUGGCUGCCAUCUCUCCGCUGAUCGUGACCUUCUGACACAACUCUCAUUUGCGGGCUCUUUGAACAGCCCGGGCUUCGAGCGGCCUCGGUCAUCUGGCACCAACCUGGCCACAAUCACGCUGGCUGCCUCGGACAUUUGUGUUUCCAGUGAAGUGGAAAAGCGCCACCCGACGCUCAGGAAGCCAAGAUGCUACACAUCAGAUCCAUAA